AUGUUGGAAAUGUCUCUAGUCAGGUUAUUCUUGAUUAUUCUUGUAGCCGCGUCGCUGGGCGCAUUUUUGUAUCUGGACACGGUGUUUUAUCAUUGGGACCGAGUAUUACCUCAGCCCGAAGAAAUGGUCGUUGAAACAGUGCCAGAAUCUUCGAAUAAUGUUACGACUUUCAAUAAGCCUAAAGAAUUUGUGCCAACAAAUGAAUGGCAAAUAAUCGGUGAAGAUCAACUUAUCCCUCCCGGACUUCAUAUACAAAUUGAUCUUCAGACUGGUGAGAAAAAAGUUAAAUUAAUGGAGGACAAUAAAAAAAACAGUACAAAUAGUUUGGCUAUUACAGACAAUAGUAAACCAGAGAAUAUUAAAGAUACAGAGAGAAGUCUACCAGAUAAUUCACACAAAUUUAGAUCAUAUGAAGAGCUUAAAGACGAUCUUAAAGAUUUAAAUAUGACUAUAAAAAGUGAUAUGGAUAUCAUGGAUGAACUUUCUAAAAAAUUUCAGGAACAACUAAAAUUAUACGAAGAUAGUGACAAAAAUCUUCAGAAUAUUUUAACUGAUCUUGAAUACCUCUUACAUCAAGUUGAUACAGCAGAGGUUUUUGUAAAAAAUAAAGGGAUACAAUUAAUUAUAAUUCCUUGUAUUAAUAGUAAUUCAAGUUUAAUGAAAGCACAAGGAGCGAUGCUCCUUGGUUCUGCUGCUUCUAAUAAUCAAAAGGUUCAAAUUGCCUCUUUAGAAAGCAAUGUUAUACCACUUUUAUUAAAAUAUAUUGAUGAUGAAUAUUUGUUUUCUGUUCAAAAAAAUUGUAUCUUUGCUUUAUCAUCGAUUACUAGACGAUUUCCCUUAGCUCAAAAACAAUUAAUAGAUAAUAAUGGUAUUCAAACUUUCAUGUCUGUAUUUAAAAGGCCUACAACCGAAUUAAAUACUAAACUUAAGUUAAAAGUUACUCAACUUUUAGAAGACUUAACCAUAGAAAUCGAAGAUGCCAAACUAACAUUCAAAGAAGAAACUAUUAAGAAGUUAAGCACUGAGGCUGCCGAAAGAGUUCGUCAGUAUGAUGAUUUGCACUUAAAAGAUAUACUUGUUAAAAACGGGUGGUGCAACAUUUUAGGCAAUGAGUUUGUUAUACUAUCUAACCAAAUACCACUUGAUGAAGAAAACCAUGAUAUGGUGGAAGCGUCUGGAAAAUCUUUAUUAGCAAUGCAAAAAUUAUGCAAAGUUAAAUUACAAGGGAAUAAGGAAUUAUAUCAAUCAUUUUACACAUUACAAACUCAUUACAAACAAUUACACCAAAAAGAUGUAUUUUUUGAUGAGUUAUAUCAAUUAACGACCGAGUUGACUAACACUUAUGACCCUGUAUUAGAAUAG